AUGUCAGAAAAGAAAUCCCGGAACUCGGACACCCGGCCCAAGUGCAUCCGUAGCUGGAGUGCGGACAGCUACGUGUGGAGCAGCAAGAAGCGCUCCAGGAGUGCCCAAAAUGGGCCGGGGGCGAGCGUCAUAGAGGGGGAGGUCCUGGAGGACCAGGCCGGGCGCUCGGCCUCCUGCCCCCGCAGACGCAGGGAGAGGAAGUGCAGCUGCGCCGGGCCGGGCGAGGGGGACCCAGAGCUCCCCUGCCGAAAGGCCCUCACCCGCCGCUCCCUCCGGCAGAAGUUCCAGGACGCGGUGGGCCAGUGCUUCCCCCUGCGCACCCACCACCACCACCACCAUCACCACCACCACCAGGCCGGCGCCUCCAGGCCCUUCUCCGUCCUGCUCUGGUCCAAGCGCAAGAUCCACGUCUCCGAGCUGAUGCAGGACAAGUGCCCCUUCUCCUCCAAGUCGGAGCUGGCGCACUGCUGGCACCUCAUCAAGAAGCACGUCUCGCAGCCCGGCGGCUCCAUCGCUAUCGCGGCCGACCAGAAGGGCGGCGCCUUCCCCGCUUCCUCCUUCUCCUCCCCGCCGCCCCUGCUUUCCUGGGAGGAGAUCGCCGGCAGGGGCCCUCCGGGAGGCGGCGGCAGCCUGGACGACUGGGACCCCUCCCGUCCGCGGGACAGGGCGCAGGGCUGCUCCCACACGGACUACAUCCUGGUGCCCGACCUGCUGCAGAUCAACAACAGCCCCUGCUACUGGGGGGUGCUGGACCGCUUCGAGGCGGAGGAGCUGCUGGAGGGGCAGCCGGAGGGCACCUUCCUGCUGCGCGACUCGGCGCAGGACGAGUUCCUGUUCUCCGUCAGCUUCCGGCGCUACAGCCGCUCGCUGCACGCGCGCAUCGAGCAGAACGGCAAGCGCUUCAGCUUCGACGGGCGCGACCCCUGCUUGUACCGCGACCCCAGCGUGACCGGCCUGCUCAGGCACUACAGCGACCCCGCCACCUGCCUCUUCUUCGAGCCGCUGCUGUCGCGCCCGCUGCCCCGGAACUUCCCCUUCACCCUGCAGCACCUCUGCCGGGCCGUGGUCUGCAGCUGCACCACCUACCAGGGCAUCGACGCGCUGCCCCUGCCCCACUCGCUCAGGGACUACCUCAGACAGUACCACUACAAAUGCAACGGGGCCUGCGCCGUGUAG